AUGCGAACGGGCGUUAGCAUCGGGGAUAGAAAGCUUGCGCUUCCUCCUUUCCCCUACUGCCUUAGAACAGACGAUCAUCACCUCGAUGCUAGUCCGCAUGAAGGGUUAGACAUAUGUAUGCACGUCCAGUCGAGCACACAAUUUCGUGCAUUAUCCAAGGGCGAGACAGUUCAGCCGCCUCACUCGAGACGCCAUAGCCGCCUGCUUCGACGGAAAGAUCCGAUAGAAGAGGAUGUCCCGGAAGUGAAUACCGUAUACGCAGGAUGGACGCCAGACGCCAGUCUGACCAACGAAGGUGUCUCAGUCAAAACAUCACAGCGUAUGAAACACAGUGCAAAGCUUCGCCUGACCAGCUCCAUAACUCCAUCCUCGCAACAUUCACCUCACCUCAAAAUUUCCGGACCCGAAUACUACUACAGUCGCGAGUCAGGAGGGCCAUACGGGAACGUGUAUGCUGCACUCACACUCUCGUCAACCACAAAGACUCUUGUCAACCACGUACGGCUCUCAAUGUUUAGAAUAUCAGCACAGGACCAACUGCGUGGUCACAGCUCGACCAUACUCAUAUUGUCCCCGCAAAUCGAUCGAACAGCCCCACCUCUACAGCCUUGCAAUAAUAACGACAGGUGUGAUCUGAAACACGUCUCAUCUCACUUCAGUCUUCAGAUUGUUCCCAUGCAGAAAGUCCAUCAUCACACAGGCUUCAUCACAGGCACAGAGCAUCACGCCAUUGACACCACCGCACUGGAUUACGGCUGCCAACCACAAGCGGCCGCCGUCGAAGUUACGCCCGAUCUGAUGAGAUCUGGAGUCUGGACCAUACCAUCACUCAAGCAUCCAUUCCCCUCCAAGUCUCCCCGCCAGUAUCAACCUAGGUGCUUGACUCGCUCCAUGCAAAUAUGUCGACUGCGGGCCUUGUGCUGCGACUUCACGGCAAAGAAAUGGGCAAGCAGCCGGAAGAUUGAUGUGAUUUCACAUUGGCGGAGUACAUCUAUGUUUGAGUCUUUGGGCUUUUCUGUCGUUUUUCGACAACUCCAAGAACAGGUUUGUGAAGAGUUGGUCAAAGAGAAGAAAGAAUCAUGGGAGAGACUCGCAGAAAUCGAACAAGAGAUGAGACUGAUGUAUUCCACCUUUCUGGACGAUCAGGCUCGCUGGCCGUACACCAGCAUUUGGGACUCCACUGAAAAAGAUGAAUCAGUAGUCGAGACAGCGAAUCUCCAAUAUCGCAAUACCUGCGUAGGCACAACUGUCCGGAAACCGCUCUCGAAAUCCACUUCACCCAUCACCAACUCCGCACCCAAAUCUACGACACCCUCGCCUUCCUCACCCUCCCACCCAGGAGAAAAACCCAGCAUUCAAACCCACCGGACCCCCCAACCAAGAAUAACAACCUCCCUCCUCCUCAUCUCCCCCCUUUCCCAAACCAACCAACAAAAAAAAAAUCCGGCAAGAAUUCCUCCCCCGCUGUAUCCUUCGACUGCAACACCACCGAAAUCGAAACCCAAAAGAAAAUCGACCGCUGGUUGCAAGUAUGAAUUCCCGAUUGAGUUAUUGUGUGGGAGGGAGAGGGUUAGAGUUUUUUUUUCACCGCCUGUGAAAUGGACGAGGAUAUUGAAGGCGAAGGGUAAGGGGCCGGAGGGGUUUGAGGGCGAUUUGAAGGGGGUUGUGGAGAGGGAUGGGAUGGUGUGUUGUUCGGGAGAUUAUGGUGUAUCUGGGAGCGUUGCAGGUGCCGGAGCGGAAGGUAUGUUUCUCGAUGCUCGUGCAAGAUGUACGCACGAUGUACAGUAUCGAUACUAUAAUGAAACGAGAAACGAGAACCAAGGACCAAGAACCUUGACCAGUAUUACAAUGAGUCGUCACAUGCAUUGGACCCUCCGCCAUGCUAUGCCAUGCUAUGCCUAUGCUUCGAUAUGAGUGAACGGCUAUAUAUACACGAUUGUUCUUUUCAUGAUAAACCCAUCAUUGUUCAAAAACGAAAGUCGUCGUCUUACUUGGCCUGUAUCGCCGCAAUCAACUGUUGACGAUCCUGAUCGUUCAAUCCCAGCAUCUUGCCCAUAGGCCCACUAACGAAAUCGACCUGAUGCUUCUUCUCCUUGAUCGAAAAGAAACUCAACAACGCGCCCUUGAUAUGUUCGGUAGACAUACUACUGCCAGCAGGAGACAUUGGUGCGCCGUUCAGGCUUGAAGUGCGAAUCGACACAGGUGCGGGAGAUGUGACUCUGGACGAACCUCUCGCGGCAGAGGAUUCCAUCGAGGACCGAGAAGAGCCUGUGGCUUGGCGUGCUUGUGACUUCUUGAGUUCUUCCGUCAGCUGUUUCGAAGACUUUUGUAGUUUCUCGAGUCGUGCUUCGCGGUCGGCAAUUUCUUUUCGAAGGGAUUGCCGUUGGUUCUCCAGUUCGCGGUUUGACCGUUCCGUCUCAUCGAGGCUGUCCCGCAAUUGUUCCAUCGCCGUUCGCGUCUCGUUGAGUUCUUGCUGAGCUCGGGCAGCGCGGGCUUCGAUGUCAGCUUGCUGGGUCUUGAAGUCUCGUUCCCUCUUCUCAGCAU